CCUUGAACGCAGCACAAGGUUUGACAGCUACACGGGCCAACAUGGCGACUGCUGGUUAACGCGACCUGGUAACACCGUCGUCUUUUAUUGUUACACAGCUGUCAGAAAACAACCAGGACGGGGGAAACAUUCCCAGAGAGAGAUUGUGAACAAGUGUCAGCCCCUGUUCCUCGUUCCGGCUUAUUCUCCAUCCUCUGCGGUAACGCGAUGUGAAGGCGGUGUGUGAGCAACAUUACACGGCAGUGACACAACAACAGCGGACUCGUCCUGCUUGAUUUCCUGUUCUCUUUGCCGAUAUGUUCCUCAGGUGAUCUCAGGCCUUUCUGUGAACCAGCCCCUCACCCAUCCCUGCUGACGAUGACAUCGCCACCAGCAGAGUCCCCCGCUACCUCCCUGUCCCCUGGGCCCCAGGUGCGGCCCUCGGCUGCCCUGGACUCUUUGUCCAUGUCUUCCCUGCUGUCUGGGGACUUAGACGAUGAAGGUGAUGGAGGAGGGGAAGAGGAUGGCCUCGGAGACCUAGAAGUGAACCCCUACGACGGUUUGCCGUUUUCUUCGCGCUACUACGCCCUGCUGGAAGAGAGGCGGCGGUUUCCCAUCUGGAGGCUGAGGCAGAGUCUGCUGGAGCACCUGGAGAGCCACAACAUGCUGCUGCUCAGUGCGCCGAGCGGAGCUGGGAAAAGCACCCAGGUGCCUCAGUGGUGCGUGGAGUAUGCUUUGUCCUAUGAAUUUUCUCAGGGCCUGGUGUGUUGUUCCCAGCCCCAUUCAGUGAGCGCGGUGAGUCUGGCCCUGCGGGUGGCUGACGAGAUGGAUCUCAGUCUGGGUCUGGAGGUGGGCUACAGAGUGUCUCAUGAUGACAGCUGCACACCCGACACCCUGCUCAGGUUUGUCAGUGACAGCCUCCUGCUCGAGGAGAUGAUGUCGGACCCUCUGCUGCAUCAGUAUGGCAUCGUGGUGUUGGACGAGCUGCAGCAGCGCACCGUGCCCACCGACGUGCUGCUGGGUCUGCUCUGUGAUGUCUGCCGCCAGAGGCCGGACAACUUCCGCGUGGUUCUCCUCGCUCACCCAACGCUGGCGCCCCGCCUCUCCACUUUCCUGGGACCAUCAGUCCCUCACCUCACCCUGGACGCUGUGCUCCAAGACCCCCCCACUACGGAGCCGGAGGAAGGGAGCCAGGCGGAGGGGGGGAGGAGGCCUCCGAUUGAGGCGAACCGGGUGGAGACGCUGUACAGAGAGCUUCCAUCGGGGAAGGAGCCGGCAGCUGCUGCCUGUCACAUGGUGCUGGAUCUGCACCGGAGGGGAGAGGAGGGAGAUGUGAUGGUGUUCUUGGCCAGUGCUCAGGAAACCGAGGCGUGUUUGGCUCUGCUGGAGAAGGAGUGUGUAGCUCUGAGUCCUCAGCUCGGUCCUCUCAGGAUCCUCCCCCUCUAUGCUGGACUGGGUGGGCUGACCCAGCGGGUCUACGAAUCCAGCCCCGAAGAUUCUACACUAAGGGAGAGCGACGGCUCUGAGGGCCUGGAUGGCUCGGGGCGGGGAGCCAAAGGUCAGGGGGUGAAGAGGAAGGUCAUUCUGUCCGAUAGCCUGGCAGAGGCUUCCUUUUCCCUGCCAGCCAUUCGCUACGUCAUAGACACAGGCCUUCAACUCAAAACUGUUUACAAUACACAGAUACGAGCUAACUCGCAGGUUGUGAGGACGAUCAGCAAACACCAGGCUGACAUGAGAACGCAAAGAGUGAACAGCCACCUCCCGGGGCUGUGUCUCCGUCUUUACGCCCAGUCCCUGUACGAGGACGGCAUGGAGGAGGCUCAUUGUCCAGGGGUGGUGGAGGAAAACCUGAGCCACUUGGUGCUGUUGCUUAAGAGGCUUGAUAUUGCCGACAUGGGACAGUGCAAGUUCCUCGACCGACCAGCCCCGGAGGCUCUAAUGCAGGCCCUGGAGGACCUGGACUACCUGGCAGCACUGGAUGACGACGGGAACCUGUCAGAAGUGGGCAUCAUAAUGUCCGAGCUGCCCCUGGAGCCCCCGCUGGCCAAAGCCCUGAUCGCUGCCUGCGAGUACGACUGUGUAGAUGAACUGCUCACGAUAGCCGCCAUGCUUACAGCUCCUUCCUGCUUUGUGGCAGCGGAGACCGCUGUCACACACUGGAGACCCCUGAUGCACCCGGAGGGAGACCACAUGACUCUCAUUAAUAUUUAUAACAACUUCAUCGAACAUAAUCAGGACGAGGCGUGGUGCACGACCAACUCCCUCAGUCACGCUGCCUUGCGAUUGGCUGUGGUGAUCAGAGCGGAGCUGCUGGAGGUGAUGCAGCGAAUAGAGCUUCCUGUUUCUCCUCCUGCUUUUGGAUGCCAAGACAACUGCACCAACAUCAAACGGGCUCUCAUCUCGGGCUUCUUCCUCAAAGUGGCUCACGAUGUGGAUGGCUCGGGUAACUACCUGCUGCUAACUCACCGCCACGUGGCUCACCUGCAUCCCUUCUCCUCCUACCUGUGUCGGCAGCCGUGCCCCAAACCCCCGAGCUGGGUCCUGUACCACGAGUUCACCAUCUCCUGUGACAACUGCAUCCGCAUCGCUUCAGAAGUCCACCCUCAGAUGCUUGUGGAGCUGGCCCCCCAGUACUACCUGGGGAACCUGCCGUCAAGUGAUGGCAAAGAGCUGCUCAUGGAGCUGAGGCAGAGUCUGGAGCCCCAGUCAUGUGACCCGGACCCGGGGUCAGACGAGCCCAGCAGGACUCGCAGAGACGCAGACGGGACCGGAGAGACUCACAGUCAGUCCGGCACCGAGCUCUGUGUUGUCCAAUGAAGACACCAAACACACAGCAGUCACUUUGUACUUUGAUCUGAAAUCGUGGUACUAUAUAUAAAUGUGGGUUUAAUCGUCACACGUGUGAUUUCAAAUGGACCUUUACUGGAAAUCCCCCAUUGUACAGCGAUGUAUGUAAUGUCUCAUAUGCAGUGGCUUUGGGAAAUAUUCAAACCCGUUCAUUUCUCCUUGUUGUGAUCCGUUUUAUUUAGAAUGAUGUGUAUUUCAUGAGGGACUUGUGUUUCUGUUCUUCUAUAAAGCAAAUAGUGUGCUCGUAGUGUGUAAUGGCUUUAUGAUUGUGGGUUGUUGUGUGCAUAGCAGCAAACACAGCCGUUGUCCUUUGGGUGGUGCAGCACUACACACAUUGGAAGGAGUGGAGGAAAUACAUGUCACAUGUUGGUAAAACACUAGACUUCAGCUAAUAGCAAUAUGCACUACAGUGAGCAGAAGCACUGUAAUGGUUGACCUUUGACCUCUAUGCAGAUGCUCAUGGACAGAUGGCUUCUCAGGGCUUACUGUGAUCCACAGAGCUUCUAUGUGCAAUGUUUUUAUACGGUUUGUAUAAUAAUUUGCCUUUCCUGCUUAGAUUCUUCUCUUUUCACUCCAUCUUUGUGUGAGUAAUAAAACAUCCUAUUUAAUAGCAUUUCCUUCUAUACAGUACAUCAAUACAAAUAAAAGUGUUUUUUUCAUGUUGGAAAUAUUUCAA